AUUGUUGGCAUCCCUGGUUGAAAAGGCAAGAUUUGAAACAGUUGUGCGUUCUGAUACUGUUGUAGAAACAUGUUUGUUUGUAAUGAGCGUGGUCGGGGGAUUUAACGGGAAUAUUUAAAGCAGAUACAGAAAUGGCAUCAGUUAGAAUCAAGAAAACAUUUACGUGUUUUGGUUGCAAUCUUCCGUUUUCUGUUAAAGAUAUCCGCACACUGCGGGGUCCAAGAUGUCCUUUGAUUUUAAAAUGUGGCCAUUCUAUUUGUGAAGCAUGUGCACAUGUUGCUGUAAUAGAGGGAUCUGAAAUUACAUGUGGUCUUUGCCACCACGGAACACCUUGUUUUUCUGAAAAUGUUAGAGCAGAUCUUCCAUUUAACAGCUAUGUGUUAGGAGUGGCAGCCGAAAAGCAUACUGUUUCUGUUUCAGAAGAUUCAAGCAUUGCAUUUCAGCCAAACAGAAAGAAACCAACAGCAAAAACAUACUCAGAGUCAAGAGAAAAAUGUGUGGAAUGCAACAGAUUUGCUGAAGUGUCAUGUUACCAGUGUGAUGCUUUGUACUGCAGUGGUUGUUUCACCAAGAUACACCGUACGGUGAAAGCUCUGCAAAAACAUAAGAAGUAUCCCCUUACACAACCUGAUCCCAAAGGAGUGUUACCAUUUCCCAUGUGUAAGGAGCACCCGGAACAGAAAUUGGAAUUUUCUUGUGCAGAAUGUGACAAAAUAGUGUGUUCUCAUUGCAUUAUAUUGUACCAUCAACGUCAUGAGGUUUGCACUGUGAAGAAAAAGAAUGAAGAAUACCUUGAAAAACUUCAAGAAGCUUGCUUGAAAGGAGAGCAUGUAUUGAAGCGGCUGGAGAAUACAAAAAUGAAAUUGGAGAAGAUUUAUUCAGUGCCAUCCGUACACCAUGCACAGCAACUGGAGCUACAGAUAUCACGCCAUUUUCUGUAUCUUCAUGGACUCUUACAGUUGAUGGAGGAAACUUUGUUGACCCAAGUUCAAGAGUUAAAGCAAGGUGUGUCCUUCAGUCUUCAGAAUGUAACUAAGCAGGUUGAAGACAAUAUAGAAAGCGUUUCAAAAAUUUUGAAGGAGGCACAGCUUGCUCAAACGGCUGAAAACAUAUCAAAAGUUGAUAUGAACUGUUUAAUACAAAAACUUCAGGAAACUACUGAGAACAUGCCAUGUCAUCUCAUUUCCAAUGUUGGUGAAUAUGUCAGUGAUGAAUCGGCAGAGUUUAUUGUUGACACAACAUUUAUGGAAAAAAUAGAGAACCACUGUAAAAUCGAACUCCCACCCAUGGAAUGUUAUACAUUGGUUUCCACACAAGAACUGCCAGAAGAUGCAGUAAUAGAAUCCUUAGAAGAUGCAGAGUCGCUUACAGACACAGGUUCACAAUUAUCAUUGCUCUCAUCAGUCAGCCAAGAAGGCACAUUUGACAGAGAAUCGGUUCAAGCAGAACCCCUUUUAGCUCGUAUUGUGCCAGAGGAUAUAUCGGGAAUCGUAACACAUGUCCGUAAUGAUAUAGGAAGAGGAAGUCAAGAGACCGUUACCGUUUGUUACAUCAAAAAUCCUCACUGCUUCUUCGUGCAUAGGGAAAGAGACAAAUCCACUUUCAAAAGCAUGAAUCAUUCCUUGGUUAGGCACAUAAUGUCUAGACCUGAUCAACCUUCAGAAAUUGUUGAAGGUGAAAUUUAUGCUGUGAAAUAUUCAGAGGACAAGAGAUGGUAUAGAGCACGUGCUGUUUCUGUGAAAUAUGGUGCAAAGGAACCUGCUGCAGAAGUACAUUAUAUUGACUUUGGCAAUAUGGAGACGGUGCCUUUAUCAAGGUUGCGGAGUUUACCAGAUGAUAUUAAAUCGGUACCUAUGUUGUGUGCACAAUGCAGUUUAUUUGGUAUUGCCCCAGUUGGAGGCUCUUGGACGGCAGAAGCUAAUGAAAGAUUUACUGAAAUGGUUGAAGGGUCCCAGGUAGUCAUGGUUAUUAUGGCAUAUAGUUCAAAUAUAUAUGAGGUAGAUCUCUGUGAAAUAUCUGGUGUAGUGAACAGCAAAGUCCCUUUUUCCGUGAGGGAUGCACUUGUGUUUCUGCAAUUUGCAUGCUUCCUGGAUUCAGCUACUCCAACACCAAGAACAGCAACAAAUCCAAUGAGCUCAUAUCUAGUACAGGAAGUAAAGGUUGGGGAAUUGUUGCAAGUAAGAGUUUCACACAUUAAUUCACCAACAAGCUUCUAUGUUCAGAGGACCGGAGCCCAUGCUCGAUCUCUCUAUAGUCUCAAGAAUGAAAUGAUGAAAUAUUAUUGUAAUCCUACUGAGCAUAAAAUUUACAAACCUGAAAUUGGCAUGCCAUGUGCUGCAUUGAAUGCUACAAAAAGUUGGUGUCGGGGACAGGUUGUAGGUCUUCCAGGAAAUAAAAAGGUCAGAGUGUUCUUUGUUGACACUGGUAGUGAACUAGAGCUACCAUGGUAUGAAGUAUUCCGGUUACCGGACAAGUUUCUUGCAGUUCCAAAGCAGGCAAUACAUUGUGCAUUGAAUGAUGUAAGCCCAACACUGAAGUCUGGAUGGUCACCAGAAAUUAAAAAAGUUAUGUUGGAGCUCACAUUCAAAAAAUCAUUGAGAUUAUUUGUGGAUUCUGUGAGUGACACUAACUUGUUUGUCACAUUAUAUGAUGUUCAACGUGAAAUGGACAUUUGCAUCAAUGCAGUUUUGGUGAGAGAGGGCUAUGCUCUGAGCACAGGAAUUAGCUCUGUUCUUGUUGAAUAUGCAAAAUCAGGUGUAUCAGUCCAGGACACUGUUCCACACAAGAAAGCUGAAAAACGAGUGAUCUCAAAAGUAAAGCCAAAAGAAGUUGCUGCAGCACAAAGUAAACCUCUGCCAGAAGUGACUGAUGUGGUUCCAGACACAGAUAUAAAGGAAAAUACUGAUCCAUUCCACCUCAGAGUGACUGUUCUUGCUUUAGAGAGCCCAAGCUGCUUCUAUGUGAGAUUGUAUGCCGUGGAGGGUGUAUUGUCAGAAUUGAUGAAAGAGCUACAGGAGUACUAUAACACAUCCAUCGGUAUUGAAACUUCUUGGGAAGAAGGAGAGAAAUGCUGUGUUUUUAAUGCUGCAGAUAAAUUGUGGUGUCGAGGAAUUAUUACAAACAUCACAGAUGAUGAAGCUUUGGUUUUUCUGACGGAUUUUGCAACCUACGCAAAGGUUCCCAUUAACUGCAUUCAAGCACUUGAUCCUCGAUUUUCUGAAGUACACAGUGGUGCAAUUGCCUGUCACUUAGUUGGUAUAAAAGCAGCUGGAGAUAGAUCUCAGUGGCCAAGUUUAGCAUGUGAACAUCUCGCAGAUCUUAUUCAUAAUUACACAGAGCUUUACAUCACUAAACGGGGAGAGAUUGAAAACAAUUCGCUUCCUGUUGAACUUUGGGUAAAAGAUGUUUUUGAGGGAGGACCAUUGGACCCAACAACAGAAGUGUGGAAUACAUUGAAUCAGAAGUUGAUAGAUCAAGGACUUGCUAUUCCUCUGAAACUGGACAGUGAAGAUUCAGUGUACCCAUCAAGUGAUGUACUGAAGGAAUUAAACAAUAUAAGUAAAGAGAAUCAGGUGACAUCUUUUCCUAAGAAAGAUAUGUUAAGACAGACGGCUAAAUUAAACCAAAACAGUGAUGCACAAGAUACUAAUGAUGAGGAAGACAGAUAUCUUGAAGAUGCUGGAAGUAUUAUGGAGAGUUUUAAGGCUGAUGUGGAUUUUACAAAGAGCAAAGUUGAAGUGGAUAACAUUGAGCAACCAAUAUUUGAGAAAAUAUCCUCCAGCAAAAAGAAUGUUGGGAGAGUCGCAGACAAUAUGACUGAUUGGUUGCCUCCAGUUCCUUUAACAAAAUCACAUUUUGCAGCUAUUGCAACAAAUGUUGACAGUGAUGCCAUUAUAUAUCUUCAUGAUAGAGAAGAAAGUAAUACAUUAACAAUGAUACAAAAUGCCCUGCAAUCACGCUUUGGAAAUUCAAAACCAGCCCCUCAGGAUCUGUAUUGGUUUGAAGGACAGUUGUGCAUUGCCAAAUACCAUGGGGAUAAGAAAUGGUACCGUGGAAAGGUGUUGAAGUUAAAUGAAGACAGCACACUGAAAAUUAUAUUUGUUGAUUAUGGAAAUGUUGAAGACUGUAGAGCCACAGAUCUUCGAAAAGAUGUCUUGCUUCAAGAGAUACCGGUGCAGUGUCACAGGUGUAAAUUGGCAGGAAUAGAACCAAUAUCUGGGGACAGUGUGUGGAAUAACACUGGACUGGAUUUGUUACAUGUCUCAGUUGUAGAUCAAACAACCAGUGUAACAAUUAAGAAGUUUCCAAAGAAGGAUGGUGACCCAUAUUUGAUUUCGCUUAUUGGACCACGUAACCACAACAUAGCGGAUUUCAUGGUGCAAAGAAAAUUUGCUCGUUACACUUUGGAUGCGGAUGAAGCUGACAAAGAAUGUGAUACUAGUGCUGAUAUCUCUGCAGGUGUUAUUAUUGUUGAUGAAAGUGAAGAAAUUAAAGAUAUGGAAGAAGAUAGUAUUGGUAAUAAAACAUCAGAUAUUCCAGACUGUGAUAAAGAACAUAAAAUAAACCCAGUGAAUGAUUCCCCUGUGACAUCACUAGAGAUAAAAGAGGGGGUAUUAAGUGAAGAUAAUAAGCUAGAAUUAUUUGAAGGAUCAACAGUAGACAUCAGUGAUGCAUAUAUUCAAGGUAAACUGCAGAAGGUGAGAGGCCAUAAGGGAAAGGCUGAAAUGGAGGAGGAGAAGGACUCAGAACUGAUACAAACUUGUCACAAUAUGACAUAUAUUCCUCUUAAAGUUCCAGAGUGUGAUCAUAUGAUUGUUGAUGUUAUUGCUAUGUUGUCUGCAACAGAGUAUAUAAUUUCUCCACUGAAGUGGGGGACAUCACAAGAUGUUCACUCAAGGGAUGAUUAUGUCAAAAUAGACAAAGAAAUUCAACUGCAUGGACCACUCCAACCAGUUCUACAAAACCCAGAUAUAGGUAUGCCUUGCUGUGCAGAAUACACUGAUAAAAGAUGGUAUCGUGCUAUUAUAGUAAGUGUGCAAGGUAAUCAAGUGCAGAUACAGUAUGUCGACUAUGGAAAUAUUGAAACUGUUGCUAAAGAUAGAGUUCAUGAGAUGAAAGAAGAGUGGUUACUAAUUCCCAUUCAGGUGCUACGAUGCAAACUUUGGAACUUAGAGGUAUCUGAAACUGCAGAUAUGAGUGAAGCAUUGGAUUGUAUUUCACAAUGCAUAUUGCAGCAAAAUCUAAAGGCCUUUAUAAAGGAACGCCAUCCCACAUUGGUUGUAGAACUACAAACAAUAGACGAUGGAAAACUAAUAUAUGAAAAAUUAUUAGAGACUGGACUUUUGAAACGAACUGGCAGCAAUUCAAAAAAUUUAACUUUAAACUUUGAAAAUAAAGACUGAUAUGUGUGUUAAUGAUUUGGGUGAUUGUCGUUGAUAGUCACUGAAAGGAUAGGUUUCCACUUUGUCUUAUUUAUUUCAGACCAUUCAGAUAUAAUGAAAAGACUUAAAUAUUAUGUUGUUGCAUUUUUAAGGGUAUUACUUUGUUCAUUUUUUAUUUGACUUUCCAGUGUGAAAACUGUAUUUUUAUUUUUAAGUGACAUUCCAGUUUCUUAUUUAGCUAAAAUUAUUUCAGCAGUUUAUUGUGUCUUUUGUGUGCUAUUUUGUGAUAUAGAAAUAAAUGUUUUGUAUUGCCAUUUAUUUGUUGUAUCUAUUAAAGUUGACGUUACUUCUUA